UCGCUCCGCUCGCAUUGCAACUUUUGCAGGGACUCUACAGACAUGUCGUACACUAGCUGAAGUCAACCUGCAAUUUGGCUCAACAUUUGAGCCAAAAAACUAUUCACAAUCGGCAGGGUUUUGUUGCAGAAAUAAUACACUAUAUUUUUCCCGUGGACUGAGCACGAAUUUGUAACCUUGGAUGGGAUUUUAGAUUUUUCUUCUCACUAAUGAACUGAGCUAGUAAUGCAGGAGACAGCGACUCUGUCAGGGGCUCAAGAUGGCAGAUUUUUACUGAGUUCUGAACAGAUAUCUCGCUUUAUUUUUUGCCAUGAAUAACAGAAGUCCUUGCACCGAUGGCCCCUGUAUACGAAGGUAUGGCCUCGCAAGUGCAAGUCUUGUCCCCUCACACUCUCCAGUCAAGUGCCUUCUUUAGCGUGAAGAAGCUGAAGGUGGAGCAGAGUUCAUACUGGGAUAUGACAGGGUACGGCACGCACAGCAAAGUCGUCUACAGUCAGAACAGCAAGCAGCAAGUGUCCCACGCCACCCCUCUUGGCAUCAACUCCUCUCUGCCCUACGAGCAGCCAGCGCUCAUCUUCCCGUCUAGCGCGGGGCACAUCGUGGUCGCCUCGGCCAGCAGUACCUCGGGCACCGCAGGGCCUCUGUUGGGCUUGGCCGGUAGCAGUAGCGGCAGUGGAGGCGGAAGCGGAGGAGGAAGUGGUGGAGCCAUCCACAACCUGACCCGUCGCAGCACCGUCAGUCUGCUGGACACCUACCAGCGAUGCGGGCUUAAGCGCAAGAGUGAGGAGCUCGACAACAGCAACAGCAGCGUGACGAUCAUCGAGGAGCACGGCAGUGGCACAACGAUGAUCCAGAACGCAGCCAGCGGGGCCGCUGUGGCUACGGCCACGGCAACGGCCACAUCGACAGCCACCUCCAAGAACAGUGGUUCCAACAAUGAAGGGGACUACCAGUUGGUGCAGCACGAGGUGGUCUGCUCCAUGACCAACACCUAUGAGGUGCUAGAGUUCUUAGGCAGAGGCACCUUCGGCCAGGUGGUCAAGUGCUGGAAGAGGGGCACCAACGAGAUUGUUGCCAUCAAGAUCCUGAAGAACCACCCGUCAUACGCGCGCCAGGGCCAGAUCGAGGUGAGCAUCCUGGCCCGGUUGAGCACGGAGAGUGCAGAUGACUACAACUUUGUGCGUGCCUAUGAGUGCUUCCAGCACAAAAACCACACGUGCCUGGUGUUCGAGAUGCUGGAGCAGAACCUGUACGACUUCCUCAAGCAGAACAAAUUCAGUCCACUGCCGUUGAAGUACAUCAGACCGGUCUUGCAGCAGGUGGCCACGGCCCUGAUGAAGCUCAAGAGCCUGGGCCUGAUUCACGCUGACCUGAAGCCGGAGAACAUCAUGUUGGUGGAUCCCUCCAGGCAGCCGUACCGCGUCAAGGUCAUCGACUUUGGCUCGGCCAGCCACGUGUCCAAAGCCGUGUGCUCCACCUACCUGCAGUCCAGAUACUACAGAGCUCCAGAGAUCAUCCUGGGCCUGCCGUUCUGUGAGGCCAUCGACAUGUGGUCUCUAGGCUGUGUCAUCGCUGAGCUCUUCCUGGGCUGGCCCCUCUACCCAGGGGCCUCCGAGUACGACCAGAUCCGGUACAUCUCUCAGACACAGGGGCUGCCUGCGGAAUUCCUCCUGAGUGCAGGGACUAAGACUACCAGGUUCUUCAACCGAGUCACAGACUCUACCAACUACCCCCUGUGGAGACUGAAGACACCCGAGGACCAUGAAGGAGAGACAGCGAUCAAGUCGAAAGAGGCCCGGAAGUACAUCUUCAACUGCCUGGACGAUAUGGCGCAGGUUCAGAGCACUGUGAAUAUGACGGCAGAUCUGGAGGGUAGUGACAUGCUCGCGGAGAAGGCAGACAGGAGAGAGUUCAUCGACUUGUUGACCAAGAUGCUGACAAUCGACGCGGACAAAAGGAUCACCCCCAUCGAGACCCUCAAUCAUCCCUUCAUAACCAUGACCCACCUCCUCCCCCACAGCACACAUGUCAAGUCCUGCUUCCAGAACAUGGAUAUCUGUAAGCGUCGUGUGGGCAUGUACGACACGGUCAACCAGAGCAAGACCCCUUUCAUCACCCACGUGGCCCCCAACACCUCUACCAACCUCACCAUGACCUUCAACAACCAGCUCAACACUGUGCACAGCCAGGCCACCAACCUGGCUCCCUCCACCACCAGUGCCACCCUUUCCCUUGCCAACCCCGAAGUCUCCAUACUAAACUACCCAUCUGCACUCUACCAGCCGUCCGCAGCCUCCAUGGCUGCCGUGGCCCAAAGGAGCAUGCCCCUGCAGCCCGGGGCCCCUCAACUCUGUCCUGCCCGGCCUGACCCCUUCCAGCAGGCCCUCAUCGUCUGUCCACCAGGCUUCCAAGGGCUGCAGGCUUCCCCGUCCAAGCACACAGGCUACUCUGUGCGGAUGGAGAAUGCCGUUCCUAUAGUGACGCAGGCCCCCGGCGCUCAGCCGCUGCAGAUCCAGACAGGCCUGUUGACACAGCAGGCCUGGCCCAGUGGUACCCAGCAGAUACUCCUACCCCCGGCCUGGCAGCAGCUUACCCACACCUCGGUCCAGCACGCCACCGUCAUCCCAGACUCCAUGAUGGCCUCACAGCCCCUGGCUAACUGGAGGAAUUCUCACCAGCACAGCGGCCAUUACAAUUCCAUCAUGCAACAGCCGGCGCUGCUGACUGGCCACGUCACCCUACCAUCCAACCAGAACCAGCCUCUCAAUGUGGGCGUGGCCCAUGUGAUGAGGCAACCGUUGACCAAUAACAACAACUCUUCUUCCAAAAAGACCAAGCAGCAUCAGAUGACUGCCAGGAACGUGUCUGCAUACGAGGUGUCCUCCUCCCAGGCGGUACUGUCCCCACAGCGCUCCAAGCGGGUGAAGGAGAACACCCCUCCACGCUGUGCUGUGCUCCAGAACCACGCCCCCUCCUCCAGCUCUGGCUGUGGACCCCCACAGGGUUGCGGAGGGUGGGGAGUGGGUGAAGCAGAGCAGGCUUCCAGCACCACCCAGGACCACCACCAGCACCACAACAGGCCGCGUCAGACCAUCAUCAUCCCUGAUACACCCAGCCCCGCUGUCAGUAUAAUCACCAUCAGCAGUGACACAGACGAGGAGGAUGAUCACAAGCAGAGCAACACCAACCAUACCAGCUUGUCCAAGCAUAGGAAGAACGUCAUCAGCUGUGUGACGGUACACGACUCCCCCGACUCGGACCUGUCCAGUAACAACAGUCCCUAUGCCGUAGAGUCCAGGCUGGCCAACAACAACGGCUACCAUGACUCCAAGACCACCUUGCUGGACAACUACAGCAACGGCAACAACCCCCGCACCAUCAUCAUCCCCCCUCUGAAGAGCCAGUCCAGCGAGGUGCUGAACGAGUGUGAGCGCCUGAUGCCAGGUAUCUACACAGAUAUCUACACAGAUGCAAUGAAUCAUCAGAAUUCGGCGUAUAAGUUCAAAACCUCCAACGGCGUGGGCAUGAUGUCUGGCAACAACCACCUUUCAGGGGGUAUGGCUUACCGACAGCAGCGCUCGGGGCCACACCCCUUCCAGCAGCAGCAGCCUCUCAAUCUCAGCCAGGUAUGGAGAGAGAGCCAAGCCCAACAGCACAUGGUAGCUGAGAGGAACGGAGGCCACCGGCGCCAGCAGGCUUACAUCACCCCAACCAUCGCAGCCCAGGCCCCCUACUCCUUCCAGCACCACAACAGCCCCUCUCACACUGCCAACGUGCACACCCACCUGGCUGCCACCCACCUGUCUGCCACCCACCUGGCUGCCACCCACCUGCCCGGCCAGCCUCACCUCUACACCUACACCGCCGCGCCCGUCGCCCUGGGCUCCACAGGCACCGUGGCCCACCUGGUGGCAACUCAGGGCUCGGCCCGCCACACGGUCCAACACGCCACAUACCACACACCGGGCAUCGUCCACCAGGUGCCUGUCAGCAUGGGGCACGGUGUGCUGCCCUCGCCCACCCUCCACCACAGCCAGUACCAGGCCCAGUUUACCCACCAGACGUACAUCAGCGCCUCGCCUGCCUCCACUGUCUACACUGGAUACCCACUGAGCCCCACCAAGGUGAACCAGUACCCUUACCUCUAGAGCCAAGCCAACACACUGGAGACCCAGAACCCCCCCCCCAACCCCAACCCCAGCACUACUGAUGCUGCUCACCCCAUGUCCUCCCUCCCUAUCCCUACUCCAUGGACAGAGAGAUAGAGAGACAUGCAUUCUUUAUGAAACUGUCACGUUUAACUUGAAGAUAUAACGACAGAGAGGAAAAGGGAAAUACACAGCCCCUCUAAGGGUAAGGAGGUGUGCAUUUUUUUCUCCAAAAGGGCCAGUUUUGCUUUGUUUUCUCUCUUGGUUUUAUUUUAUUUUUCUCAUUCUUUUACAGCAAGGUCUUCGUGACAGGCGUUUGAGAGAGAUGGAGGGUUUCUGUUCUUCUAACACGGCUUUUUGUUUUGUCUUCUCCUCUUGAAUUGGGGGUCCCUCUCUGGAUGUUGGAAUUCCCACUGUGAGAAUUCCCAUGAGGAUUUGGGAAUGAAGGUGAAAUACGGAAACCUGCUGCUCUUCAAAGAAUUAAAAAAAAUAACGAUGGCCUUGAACUGUCUUAAACAUUUCCAAAUCAUUCAAGGUGUGGGAGAGAGAACGAAGCACCCUCCUUCUCCAACAGACAACCGGAGUCAGGAAUCUUCUGGAAAUAUAACCAACGAAAGACAAAAAAAACAUUAAAUGUAUUUAUAGCUAUUUUCCCUUCGAUUUUUCGUUCUCACCUUUUUGAGGAGACUUAUGUUAUAGGUAUAGGAGUCUUAGCCGGGCCCUGUUUUUAGAAUGUAGCAGUCUGCACCCAGAUUCUUUUAUCAAGAGCUUUUUCUGAUACCAAUAGAAUUGAUUUGUUUCUCUUUUUUCCAAUGUGAUUGCACAAAGUGGUUAUAAUAACAUAGGCAUGUACAACGUGAUUAUCUGUGUGUGCGUGUGCUACUGUCAGCCAUGUGUGUGUAGUCCACCUCCUCUUGCACCUUUGUGCUAUAAUUCUCUGAAUCCUCCGCAGUCUUAGGUUUGACCAUUGUUCCCUUGUAGUGCCUUACAGAUAUAACGACACAGUUUAUGUCGCUGGAACCUUGAGAACCAACAGACUAGCUGGAACUGGUUCCUUGGUUUGACAUGUUAUUGUCGGGGCAGUUUUUGAUUUCUCUUCCAGGUGUAGGCUUAGCCCCUAGCUCUGUUUCCUAUCCUUAUGACAGUAUACUACAGAGGUCAGAGUUCAUAUUUGCCUGACCUUUGGCUUUUUUGUUAAGUGUGCAUGAGUUUAACUUGCUUAGGGUACUGAACCAAAGUUGUUAGAUCAAUCCUCGUCACGUUGUGUGCUGGGUAUUAAUGUUAAUAUGUGUACAGUACUAGCCUUUCUCACCGUGAUAUCCAUACAUACGAUGGCUUAGGUUUGAGAUGUCUUACUUUGUUUUUACAUCACACGAGGAAUUGGUUCAGAGGAAUGAUAGAACAGAGAAGUAUUAGAACAAGGAUCCAUUUUGGGGCAAUGGAAAAUGCAGAAAUACAAGAAUGUGACUGUCAAAAACAUGUAUGUGAUGAGUUCAACAUAGGGCGAGGGUGACAGAGUCCAGAGUUCGACAACAAAAUAGCAAAGGCCCGAUGGGAAGUUGUGGUUGCUAUGGCUGAGAUCCCGAGAAGGCCAGUGAGAGAGAGUCUGGUUGGUUGCAUUGGGGAAGCAGAGUAUUGAGGGCUGGUGAGAGGGGUUGCUGGGUAGGAGUCAGGCCUGGACUCAAAUAAUAUUUCAAAUCUUACAAAUACUUUGAACAUUUGUUUUAGCCUGCCUGGAUUGCCAGAUGGGCUAUGUUUGCAGUUUAGCAAGUAUUACUUCCAUUGCGCCAGGCAAACUCAGGCAAGCCCAGCUAAAGUGUUUGAAAUGAUUUCUAAUAGUAUUUAAACCCAGAUCUGAGUAAGUGAGGGGCUACUAGAAAGAUUUGGGUUGGGAUGGGUAGGAACUGAGGAUGGCAGAGUGGUAGUGUUGCAUUCCUCAUGUUAAUUGGACUAAAAGAAUUAGCAUGUUGGCACUGAGCAGGUUGGUAGGAACAGUGGGUAGGAGUUACAUUGGCUACAUGGAUGCACACCUAACUCUGAUACAAGUUGUUGUGUUGUUGUUGUCUUGCAAAGAUAAAUGGAAGUGAUUUAGUCUUUUCUGCUCUGAGGGUUGUGUUGCACCUCUCAGCAGAGAGCGAGAGACUGGAACGGAACAGAAAUGCUACAGUGUACACCUGGAAGGUCUUCCUAUGAAAUGGGCUUCAUUUGUUAACACUAUCUCUGUUUUGUCUUUGGAAUGUGUUCACAGACACCUCACCACCAGAAAGGGAUACCAGAUAUGUAGUAAGAGAACUGAUUGGCCUAUUGCUUCUAUGUGUUUGCUACUCAAUUUAACAUCCGUUUCAUUUGUCUUAGCCAAUGAUAUAUGAAUAAUCUCUCUGUUAUAUGUUAUACUGUCCUCAUUAAGUGGGCACAUCAGAACUGCUUGUGGUUUUAGGAAGAGCCUUCCCCUUAUCCCUUCAUAUCAUGCCAUAGUACUUGCAUUUGAAGUGAUUGUUUUAUUUUUACGUUACUAUUGAACUUUUCAAAUGGCUGUAGGUACAGUAUAUAUUGUGUUAUUUUACAGAUAGUUGCAAUCAAGUGUUUUGAUGAUUUGUUAUUAGGCUCAUUUCUAUUUUGAUUUGUAACUGGGAGUUGCUGUACGUUGAUGUUAAGUAUUCCUAGGAGGGUGUGUAUACCUGUGUAACGUGUUCAGGCACCGUUGACAAUAAUAAGGUUGUGAAGUUGAUGAUGAUCCAUUGGGGCCCUUAUAGGUACUGUAGGUCAUUUAGGCUUGAGUGGGUCAGACCCAGGUUUGCUCCUCAAACCAAACCUAAAACAACAGCAUCUUGGUACUUCACCAAUAUGCCACCGCGCUCCCUCCAACCGGCUCCACCAUGCAAGCCUUGGGUUCCUGGCAGUCAAAGAUGUGGUGUAGAGAUACCGUGCCGUAGGUAUACAUUGCUGGUUGCAUCAUUUUCUUUCUGUUCUGUGUUGUACCUUCGUUUGUACGUUUUUGUUCCUUUCCAUAAGGCCUGUGGGCCUAAGCACACACAUAAGAGAGAUGCUUUUCCACGCGAGAGUUUGGCGCCUCCAUAAAGGGGUAGACUACUGAAACAUUCCACUGCAGAGAGAAGCCGGCAUCCAUACUGCACACCCAACAGCCCCUAUAGCUCUCUGCUCACUUGUCAUUUGGGGACGUUUCUUUUUUUCCCACCAAAGAAAUUCGACACGUUGAUGAUGUACAGUACAAACACAAACAAUCCCCAAUGUGGUCUGGCAAUAGUGUCUGCAUUAAAGGUACAUGUUUAGACCAGAAGUUAUUGCCAGACCACAGGGGAUUGUUUGUGUUUGUACUGUACAAUCAACAUGUUGAAUUUCUUUGGUGGGAAAAACAAAAGUCCACAAAUGACAAGUGAGAUGUGCUCACAUAUAGUACUGUAGAAAUACAUACAGUAUGUGCACAACACACACAUAUGAGUGAUUAGAGUUGCCACAAUAUCUGCUUAUGGUUGAGCUAUUUUGAAGGAGUUUACUGUCAAUUGCAGUCCACCAUUCUCAAACAUCUAUGAUUUGAACCAUGUAUUAUUUGAUAUCUGUCACUUGUUUCCCCCUAAAUGUAAAAAUGGAAUUCUUCGAAUUGUUUUAUAUAAGUGUUUUUUUUACGUUGUUAAAGUUGUAUUUUAGCUUUAUUAAUGUUGUAAGCAAAUGAUUUUUUUGUAAACAAAAACAUGUUAUAAGUUAGUGUGCCAUGGAAUGACCUAUAGAGUGAAAUAAAUAAAAACAUAUAUAUCAAUAAUACCUUUAAAAUAAUGGUCACGAGCACAACAUGAAUGUAAUAUGUGACCUGCUUCAUCGGAAAUGCUUUAAAUAUUUCUGCUUGAGUGACCAUUAGUUAAAGUAAAGAUUUGAUUUCUACAUUAUUUGUUGCCAUGCAAGAUGCAAUAAGUCUGUGAUUCCAGCAAAAACAACUUGAAUCAGCAUAAAUUAAUUUGAAAAAGUCAACAUUGUUAUUCCGAUAUGGGGUUUUCAAAUAUGAUAUAUUCGAUUUCAUUCUAUUUUCUUUCUCCAUGUAUAAUCUAAAUUUAGCAAAUUACGAGAAGCCCUUUGAAUCUUACGCUCAAUUUUCUUUCAACGUACUUGCUAUAUUUUGAAUGAGAACAUGUAUUUGAAUGUGUAAAAUAUGUUAGUAUCGUACUACUUUGUUUAACAUGCGUUAUAUGUUUUUAUUAAGGAAAAUAUUAAUCAGAAAUGUGAGCAUCAACAUAGAUCCAGUGACCUUACAAUUACCAAAAUGUGCUUCUUUAGAGUGUCAAGAAAUUCUUGUGGUAAUGAAGUUGCUUUACUUUGAAACAUUGUCUCUCCCCUGCUACUGUAGCCAUUUCAAUGUUAGAAUACUGCCUUCCAAAUAACUGAACGAUAUCAUCAGAGCUUUAAGAUGUGGUUUCAAUGAAAGAGAGCUGUGUAAAGCGGCCUCUUUGUGAAGCCUGGUAUUUUUACAGCUUUGUUCUUGAAAUACUCUCGCUACACAAGAAGCGCUCAGCUUCCAACUUUUCCCACAGUGUGUUUGCGAGUACUCUUCCUGGAGUUUUGUUUGAAGUUAUUGAGAAACAUUCCUGAAGGCAUGGCACACAUUUCCAGUUAGUCCUCUCAGGCCAAACCCAUCUGAAGUGACUGGAAUCAUUUUAACACCUUACUAGACAAGAAUAAUAAUCUUACACCCACUACACUCCUUUGAAACGUUUUGCAAUCACUUCAUUGGAGCUUUGCAUAGCACAUUCUCCCAAAGAAGCAGGGAGGUGGGAGAAGUACUUAUUUUAGGAUGAUUUAGGUUAUAUACAUGAUAGAAACUCCAUAAACCAGUAAAAACACAUUCUUAAAGCCCUUCUGUAUGAGACUUUGUCUGUGUGUGUUUGUGUGUUUGUCAAGGGAAUCACCUCCUUCUUUGUUCUUUUCUUUGGUGAUUCAGGCUGAAUUGGUUAAGGGUUUGAUGCUGUCUGUAAUGGAAUAGAUCAAGUGUUAUCAUUUGGCCAGUUUUUGUACACAUGUACUUGAGAACCAAAAUGUAUUUUAUGAUUUUUUUUCUUUCUCAACUCUUGCUAAAGACAUGUUAGAGGUCUCUUUUUUGAUUAUGGACUAACAGUUUGAAACAAUUUGGUUUAGAACGUUUAUUCUUUAGCUAGUUCUUUCCAGCUCAAAUUGUAAAUAAGCAUUGUAGUAAAGUCCUUCAGAGGAUGGGUUCUUGCCUAAUGAAUUCCCAUAGAUAAAGCCCAACACAAACCUUAUUUCUCCACAGUUGACAGCGGUACAAGAGAUGAGACGUAGCAGUAAAGCGCUGUAACUGUCAUACUGUAGCCAUUUUUCAGUCAUCUUGAUCAGGAUUUCGAUUUUGUACUUGCACAACAGCAUUCACAAUGAAAUGGGUAAAAAUCGACAUUUUUCUACAAAGUCUCAAGACCUAAAAAGCAUCAAACCCUGACCCCGUUGUGUGUCCAUUGCUAUAUGGUUUGUUAAUGAUGUUCAAAUCUCAUAAGUUGUCGUUCAGGCUAUUGUGUGCUGCAGUAUUUCCUAGUAUACUUCUUUGUUAAUUGUCUCUCAUUUACGUUUAUCAGGGAUUUUUUGAGAAGUUGUUGACUCCUUGUUUCAAUCUGUUCAUGUAUCGUUCUAUCUACCCUGUUCUUUAGACUAAUAUUACUGAGUAUGUUAUGAGAAUGGAUAUUUUACUGGCUUUAUAGAAUGUUUAAAUAUAAUAAUGAGAAUAAGAAGAAUGAUUCAUUAAACUCCUAACAAGUUGAGUAAUUGGCUAUUAAGCGCUUGUGUUACCAUUUAAGAUGUUGUGUGCUUCUCUUAAUCAUUUUCGUUGUAGAAAAAUUGAGUGAAUUUAUAAUAGGCUUCGAAAAACUAAUGAUAGCAUUGUACAUUUACAGGAGGAUUUUAACCGACAACUUUGUCAUAGAAAAAAAAAGUGAUUUAAAUUGUCCUCUUUACUAACUGUAGGGUGAAAAGGGGCUGGCGUUGUGGUGAACUAUGUUCUAGCUUGUUAUUCACUGUCACUUUUGAUCAUUUCUUCGGUCUCCGAGGUGAAUCGAGUUAUUCAUGAGAAUUUGUAUGCUCACAUAUGCAUAUUGUAUAUGUGUAGAAAUGUAAUCACACUUUGUCUUGGAUUUACAUUAAACUGUUAAGUCACGGCACCAGU